AAUCAGUAAAAGAUUUUAAGAGUUCAGACAUUAUAAGAGCAAAAGGCCUUAAAAACUAAAAAGAACCCCAACUCAAAACUACUUGACCAGAUAAAUGAUGGAUCAAAUCCUUCUCCUUUGACUGGGCACACUUUAUUGCAGGGCGUGGGGAGACCUUCAGAUAUGCCUUCAAUAGGACUCAUCAUCCAUUAUCCAGCAUAUCAGACAUCAGCUGGUGCCAUUGGUUAUCCAGAUUCAUCAGCAUGGAUGAACUCUGGAGUAGUUCAGCAGAGGGGCAGUCCUAUGUUGACACAGUUUUUUGGGGGAUCAACUGUUUGUUCCUCGUUUCAAAGUUCUCAAGCACUAGAUACGACACAUUGCACUCAGGCACAGAGUUUUGAGAACAAACAAUAGUCUGCGAUUUGAUAUUGUUGAGCCUAGGUGAUUGAAAAUGGCAUGACAGAGUGCAUGGAGCUGGUUGCUGUGCCUCUUUGGGAUUCCUGCAGGCUUAUCCUCACCAAGGACAUCGAUGCUUCUGACCCUUUGCCUCCAUGUUGGGCCUCAUCAAGCAGAACAAUUGUUGCAGGAUGGGUAUGCUGUGGAACAGUGGCUUCAGAUUGCUGAUUUACGUAGUUGAGCUGGCAGCCAUGAUGGUUAUCCCUCAUACUGUUGCAUAUGUGAUAAUUGAAGGUCAAGCAUAUUAUGGAGAACCCUUGACAUGGGGGGAUGUAAACACUUGGUUGUCGUCAUGAUGGCAAAGGAGCCUGUUGGUGACGAGUCAUUACAAAAAGAUUUAUGCAUGCACUGGUGACAACUCACUGCUUCUUUUCCAUGCAUGGUGAUGGGUAAAAAGAUCUGUAGUUUGCUGCAACCCCAACUUGAAAAAGCCCUGCAGAAACAAGAUCAAGCAGCAACUCAGUCGUCAUUUACAAGAGAUGAUCUGUACAAUAACACAGGGAUGGAGUACUUGAGGUUUGAACAGGAAGAACAGAAGCAUCUGAUUUGCUUCAUGCGACAGUUUGGAACCUUAAAUACAUUUAUAUAUACACACACACAUUGCUCCAUCCACUCCAAGUUGCGUGUCUCCAUCUCAUCUAUGGCAGCAUUGCCAGGGGCCUCAAUGCUGAAGCUGUACUAUGGGAAGCCCAUGCUACCAGAUGUGUCCAGGGUGCUUGCAUGCCUCUACGAGAAGGACGUCAAGUUCGAGCUCAUCGACAUGUAUGAAGGCCAGCACAUGCCUUAUGAAUUCCUCAGCCUUCAGGCCUUUACAAGAGCACCUGUCACUGUGGUGGAAGAUGGAAGCACUUUCACACUAGAAUCCAGAGCAUUAUGCCGCUACAUCUCUGAGAAGUAUGCUGACCGCGGGAACAGUUAUCUCCUGGGAAGCGACAUCCUUGAGAGAGCCUCCAUCGAGCAAUGGCUGAAGCUGGAGGAACACAACUUCCAUCCUCCAAGCUGGGAACUCGUCUUCCACCUUGCAUUUGCUACGCCCAUGGUGGAUCCCGACCCGGAUCUGAUCACCAGGAGCGAGCAGAGGCUGGCGAGCGUUCUCGAUGUGUACGACCAACGGCUGAGCGAGAACGAGUUCCUGGCCGGCGACAAGUUCACUCUCGCUGACCUCUCCCACCUCCCCAACUCACACUACCUCGCCACUUCCCGACAGUGGUGCCAUCUAUUCGAUGUGAGGAAGAAUGUGCGAAGGUGGUGGGAGUCGAUCUCAAAGCGGCGUUCGUGGACCAACGUGGUUGAGAUACUGACCGAGGUUGAAGUCUUGAAGGAGCAGAUCACCGCCGGAGAAGAAAACACCACCGCUCUUCACCUUCUGCCUUUUACGUCUCAUCGAACCCCACCUUCCACGACUGGCUACGUUCUACCAGCUCAAGUAACUCAGUCGAUCGAAGUGGUUCCUUAUUCGCCACCUCAGUCCCAACCAGAAUCUACUCUAUCUCCCCCUCAAACAACACCACAAGCUUCAGUUGGUGGAACGACUCCAACACCAGCAGAUGCUUCCCAGUCUUCACAACAAAAUUUGAAGACUUCCAAAGAAGAUGCGAGUUCUUCUUCGUACAUGGUCUCGACGCCAGCUCAAACUACUGUUGAUGAGAAGUCAACUGCGCAAGAAUCAAAUCUUUCCCGUAUUAAGAGCCCUCAACCUAGUCAGGAGAUCACAUCAUCAGCAAGUGCUCCAUUAGCUACGUCUACUACAGAGACUUCGAAGGGAUCUGCUCCUUCUGUCUCCGACAGCGGAAGAUCAACGCCAGUGGAUGAUUCAAUGCCUCGGCAGCAAUCGUCUCCUACCACCUCUGAAGCUUCCAACUUGAGGACUGCUGAAGGAGUUGCUCCUUCGAUGUCCAGUGGACCAACUCCAACAGCAGCGGAUGCUUCCCAGACAUCACAACGACCUCCUGGUCGUGUCGAUCAGGUCACCAUUUCGAGCACUCAACCAAAUCACGUUGGAGCGGUGAAUACUCCUACUCCAUCAUCAGCCACUGCGUCUGUCCAAGCUUAUAUUGGACAAACUUCAAUGGGACCAACCCCUCCUCUAACCCAAAACACAACUCCUGUAAAGCCUUCAUCACAACCAAAUCAAGUAGAAUCGGUAACUACAUAUGUGGAUACUCCAUUAGCUACAUCUCCUACCCAACCUUCUAUUGGACAAAAUAUAGAAAUUUCAAAAGGACCAACUCCUUUAACCCAAACAACAACUCCAACAUCAGCAGAUAAGCCUUUAUCACAGCCAAACCAGGUUGAUGCAAUACCGACAUCUCUUACCCAGGCUUCUAUAGAAAUUUCAAAAGGAUCAACCCCUCUGUCCCAAAGCACAACUCCAACACCAGUAGAGACUUCAAAGCCUUCAUCACAACCAAAUCAAGUUGAAGCAGUAACUAAAUCUCCUACCCAGGCUUCUAUUGGACAAGCUUCAGAAGUUUCAAAAGGAUCAACCCCUCUAUCCCAAAGCACAACUCCAACACCAGCAGAGACUUCAAAGCCUUCAUCACAACCAAAUCAGGUUGAAGUGGUAACUACAUCUCAUUCCCAGGCUUCUAUUGGACAAACUUUUGAAAUUUCAAAAGGAUCAACCCCUCUAUCCCAAAGCACAACUCCAAUACCAGUAGAGACUUCAAAGCCUUCAUCGCAACCAAAUCAGGUUGAAGCAGUAACUACAUCUCCUACCCAAGCUUCUAUUGGACAAGCUUUAGAAGUUUCAAAAGGAUCAACCCCUUUAUCCCAAAGCGCAACUCCAACACCAGUAGAGACUUCAAAGCCUUCUUCGCAACCAAAUCAGGUUGAAGCAGUAACUACAUCUCCUACUCAAGCUUCUAUUGGACAAGCUUCAAAAGUUUCAAAAGGUUCAACCUAUCUAUCCCAAAGAACAACUCCAACACCAGCAGAUACUUUGAAGCCUUCAUCGCAACCAAAUCAGGUUGAAGCAAUAACUACAUCUCCUACCCAGGCUUCUAUUGGACAAGCUUCAGAAGUUUCAAAAGGAUCAACCCCUCUAUCCCAAAGCGCAACUCCAACACCAGCAGAGACUUCAAAGCCUUCAUCGAAACGAAAUCAGGUUGAAGCAGUAACUACAUCUCCUACCCAGGCUUCUAUUGGACAAGCUUCAGAAGUUUCAAAAGGAUCAACCCCUACAUCUCCUACCCAGGCUUCUAUUGGACAAACUUCAGAAGUUUCAAAAGGAUCAACCCCUCUAUCCAAAAGCGGAACUCCAACACCAGCAGAGACUUCAAAGCCUUCAUCGAAACCAAAUCAGGUUGAAGCAGUAACUACAUCUCCUACCCAGGCUUCUAUUGGACAAGCUUCAGAAGUUUCAAAAGGAUCAUCCCCUUUAUCCCAAAGCGCAACUCCAACACCAGCAGAGACUUCAAAGCCUUCAUCGCAACCAAAUCAGGUUGAAGUAGUAACUACAUCUCCUACCCAGGCUUCUAUUGGACAAGCUUCAGAAGUUUCAAAAGGAUCAACCCCUCUAUCCCAAAGCGCAACUCCAACACUAGCAGAGACUUCAAAGCCUUCAUCGCAACCAAAUCAGGUUGAAGCAGUAACUACAUCUCCUACCCAGGCUUCUAUUGGACAAGCUUCAGAAGUUUCAAAAGGAUCAACCCCUCUAUCCCAAAGCGCAACUCCAACACCAGCAGAGACUUCAAAGCCUUCAUCGCAACCAAAUCAGGUUGAAGCAGUAACUACAUCUCCUACCCAGGCUUCUAUUGGACAAGCUUCAGAAGUUUCAAAAGGAUCAACCCCUACAUCUCCUACCCAGGCUUCUAUUGGACAAACUUCAGAAGUUUCAAAAGGAUCAACCCCUCUAUCCCAAAGCGCAACUCCAACACCAGCAGAGACUUCAAAGCCUUCAUCGCAACCAAAUCAGGUUGAAGCAGUAACUACAACUCCUACCCAGGCUUCUAUUGGACAAGCUUCAGAAGUUUCAAAAGGAUCAACCCCUCUAUCCCAAAGCGCAACUCCAACACCAACAGAGACUUCAAAGCCUUCAUCGCAACCAAAUCAGGUUGAAGCAGUAACUACAUCUCCUACCCAGGCUUUUAUUGGACAAGCUUCAGAAGUUUCAAAAGGAUCAACCCCUCUAUCCCAAAGCGCAACUCCAACACCAGCAGAGACUUCAAAGCCUUCAUCGCAACCAAAUCAGGUUGAAGCAGUAACUACAUCUCCUACCCAGGCUUCUAUUGGACAAGCUUCAGAAGUUUCAAAAGGAUCAACCCCUACAUCUCCUACCCAGGCUUCUAUUGGACAAACUUCAGAAGUUUCAAAAGGAUCAACCCCUCUAUCCCAAAGCGCAACUCCAACACCAGCAGAGACUUCAAAGCCUUCAUCGCAACCAAAUCAGGUUGAAGCAGUAACUACAUCUCCUACCCAGGCUUCUAUUGGACAAGCUUCAAAAGUUUCAAAAGGAUCAACCCCUACAUCUCCUACCCAGGCUUCUAUUGGACAAACUUCAGAAGUUUCAAAAGGAUCAACCCCUCUAUCCCAAAGCACAACUCCAACACCAGCAAAUACUUCGAAGCCUUCAUCGCAACCGAAUCAGGUUGAAGCAGUAACUACAUCUCCUACGCAGGCUUCUAUUGGACAAACUUCAGAAGUUCUAAAAGGAUCAACCGCUUUGUCCCGAAGCACAACUCCAACACCCGCAGAUACUUCAAAGCCUUCAGCGCAACCAAAUCAGGUUGAAGCAGUAACUACGUCUCCUACCCAGGCUUCUACUGGACAAGUUUCAGAAAUUUUGAAAGGAUCAAUUCCUUUAUCCCAAAGCACAACUCAAAUACCAACAGAUACUUCAAAGCCUUCAUCGCAACCAAAUCAGGUGGUUGAAGCAGUAAUUGCAUCUCCUACUCAGGCUUCUAUUGGACAAACUUCAAAAAUUUUAAAAGGAUCAACCCCUUUAUCCCGAAGCACAACUCCAACACCAGCAGAUACUUCAAAGUCUUCAUCACAACUAAAUCAGGUUGAAGCAAUAACUACAUCUCCUACCCAGGCUUCUAUUGGACAAACAAUAGAAAUUUCAAAAGGAUCAACCCCUCUAUCCCAAAGCACAACUACAACACCAACAGAUACUUCAAAGCCUUCAUCGCAACCAAAUCAGGUUGAAGCAAUAACUACAUCUCCUUCCCAGGCUUCUAUUGGACAAGCUCCACCUAAAGAAGAAUCCAAUAAAGAUCAAACCAGCAAUCAAGCUACACUUGACACAAAGUCUGCUGCACAAGAACCUUUUACAGGACUGACGUCUACUAGGAAGACUUCCAACGAAUCUGCUUCUCCAUCCAGCAGAACUACACCAUCUGCAGAUGUUUCUUCUAACCCUACAACACAACCACCUACCCUCAAUCUUGCCACCAAUCAAGCAACUCAAACUAAUACAGAUGUACCCACUUCAGGGAUUUCCAAAGCACCAGCUUCUCCUGAUGCUUCCAUGCCUUGGCCACAGCUACCGCCAGCCAAUCAAGCAACAGGAACCACUGUUGAUGACAAGUCUACUACUCAAGAAGAAAAAGCUAGUAGCAACACACCAAGCACCCAACCAAAACCGGCUACAUCAACAGGUGCUCAACAAUCUACUCCUGACAAGGCCCAGCAAGAUCCUCAAAUAGUCGCAACAGAGGCAUUUCGACAAGCAGAUAGUCCUCAAACAGUUUCUUCUACCCCAUCGAAAGGUGAACAAGCUUCAACUCGAACACCUCAACAAGAACAGCAUGACUCAUCAACUAGUCAACAAGUACCUAAAAAUACUCAGUCAGCCCAACAAGAAGACACAAAAGACCAGCCAAUAAUUAGUCAACCAGAAUCAAACACUCCUACUGUUUCUGGAUCAAUUGAUUCUACAAAACCACAAACAGAUUCUACCAGUGGAUCAGAAAAGAAGUCAAGUUCUACUCAGUAGAUGCUAAUGAUUCCAAGUCCACAAGCAUGUGCUGUUAAAUAAAUCCAAGAACACCUACAGUUUAUUAUUAUCAUAAGCUCUGUAUCAUUAGUUUGUUAUACUGUAGAUUUCAGCAGCUUCUCUCGA